GGGAGGGGAGGGGGUGCCGCGCGCCCGGCGCCGCGUCUCCGUCGCUAGGGACGCCGCGGCCGGCGGCGAUGGACCGGGACGACGGCGUGGGCGCCGUGGACAACAUCGUCACUCAGUUCAGCACCUACGAGGACUUCCUCGACUCGCAGAUCACGACCGUGGACCUGUACUACCUGGAGGAUGAAAACCUGGCCCGCCAGCUGGUGGAGCUAGGCUACCGAGGGACUGGAGAGGUGGUGAAAAGGGAAGAUUUUGAAGCAAGGAAGGCCGCGAUAGAGAUCGCAAGGCUGGCUGAAAGAACUCAGAAAAAGACAUUAACAAGUGCCGGUAAAGACCUGCAAGAUAAUUUUCUGAAGGCUCUGGCAGUGAGAGAAGAAGACAAUCGCAACGGAAAAGUGAGCACUGUGAUCUUUAUUCGUGACAAAAAUUCUCAUGGGCAGGAGAUAUCAGGAUACAUUGACUAUGCCCACAGGCUAAAGAUCGAAGAUUUUGAAGUCUACUUUAGUGGAAAAAGAAGACUUCUUCCCAAACCCACAGAUUUGAGCUUUUACAACUGGGAUAGUCAUAUUGCUGUUUGGAAUUCAACUCCCAAUUAUCAAGUGAUGGCUGACAACCCAGAAGGCUUACUUUUCAAAUACAAAAGAGACAGAAAAAUUCUUAAUGUGGAUCCAAAGUCUUCCCCAGGUGACAACUCUACUAGAACCCCUAUCCAGACAGAACUCUACAUUCAAGUUGUCCUUUUUGACCACAUUUCCAGAAGAAAGACUUAACUACCAACACGUUACAUGGUCCCCUAAUGGCUUGCUAAAUUUGAAUGAAUUCUGUAACCAGAAACAACUUAGAAAACAAGUGAGUACUGUAGCUGGGAGGCAAGCUGGAAUAAUAAAAGUUGAUAAAGAAAUUAGAAAGAAAACCAUAAUUGUGACUCUCUUUGUGGGGUACAGAUCUUAAUCUGACUUGAGGUUUUUCUAAAUUUUUCCCUCUAAAUCCUGAAGCUGAUUGUAACAGUUCUUGGGAGAGAAUCUUCUUGCUACUUAUUUUAUAGCUCAGAUCUUCCAAAACAAAAAUACUCCAGGUCCUACUAUUGCCAAAUACAGAGGUCUGGAAUCUGUACCAUGUGGCAGUUCUAUCUACUAAAUUUGUUGAAUAUUGAUAAGUCUGAAAUUGAAGAACAAGAGUAAGAAGAUAUAAAUACAAGGUUUUCAAUAGCUCUGUAUGAGGAAAUAAAAUCUCAAAUGUUCCAUGAGGUGAUGUAUAAAAUGAAGUGUUUGAUACACUUGUGUGCCUGGACAAUGUGAACCCCAUGACCAUGCAGCUGAGAAAAGGAAAUCUAAGUGAAACCAAAAGAUUUUAGGGAAGUGAGGACUUCAUUAGGGAAGAACAUGUUUUCCUCACGUGACACUGCAGGUGGCUUUUGUGCCACUUGUGAUUUAAAAAUAUUUGAGUUUUCCUCUUGUUCCCAUUCUCUUCUCUUUCUAAGCAAUCCAGUACCGUGGCCAUUAGUUGGGGCCAAGCAAGACAGAAGUCUGCUCAAUGUGUGGGAAUGGGAAAGACCAGAGCAGGGCAUCAGAGCUCCAAUGGGGUGAGAAAGGUGUAUUCACAGGGGGGUGAUGGCCUGGCAUAAUAUUGGAGAUUUCAUACAAGAUGAGGAGAGUGGUAUUAAAUUAGAAUUAGGUGUAUGGGUGUGAUCUCAUGAUUUUCAAUAUAUACAACAAAUACAGAACAUAUGUUAAUGUUUUAUGAUGCAUUUGCCAUUUCUCUGUUCAAUAAGAGGACUUCAAAACAGCAACACCCAAUCAAUGAGCACACAUAGCACCCAGAUCUUGGUUUCUCACCACCAUUUUCUACCAAAAAGAAGCAGUCAUCCUUGGGGAAAUGACUGAUUCCAGGGCUGAGGCAGGGAAAAUAUGUGGAUCUAGAACUUCUUUUUGUGCCAGAAAGCAAAGAAAUUCUUGAAAAAUGAAGGGAUUUUUCAAAAGGAAACCACAUCCACAUUGAAAAAGUUCCUACUGGCCAAACCUGGGACAAUUUGGGCAUCAAAAUAAAUAAUGAAAAAAAACCAGGCAGAAAGUAUAAAACCAUGAACCCAUACUCAUCUAUAUAAAGGAAUAAAUGAAAUGUUUGAUGAGGAAUGGAAUAUUUACAUAAUAUCUCCCACAAAAUGUGUGUUAGUUACAGAGGGAAUAAUGGAAAAAACUGGAAGUCACCACUUUCAACAAGCGAUGGAAGGGAAUAUAUUUAGUAAUGAAGGAAACUGAAUUUGUCCCCCAAGUAAUGUGCAAGAGAAUAACUCACCAUCACUUUUGUAAUAAUCCUGCCAAAGUUGCAUAACCUGAAUAUGAUCAAGAGGAAACUUAGAAAAAAAAAAUCCAUAGACAUUAUGUAAAAUAACUGGCCUGAGAUCUUCAAGUUGUCAAGAUCUUGAAAAUAGAAGCUUGAAAAGCGGUCUCAGACUGAAGGAGAGACACGAUAAUCAAAUGCAACAUAUGAUUCUGCAUUGUAUCUUUAUCCUAUAAAAGGAUACUGGGGACAUCUGGUGAAAAUUGAAGGGUUUCUGAAGAUUAGAUGGUGGUAAUGUAAAAAUGUGUGUCCUGAUUUUGAUGAUUAUGUUGUGGUUAUAUUAGAAAAUGUCCUUGAUUGUAGGAAAUUACACUAAAGUGUUUGGGAGUCAAGGGGCAUCAUGUCAGCAAAUUGUAAAUAUUCCGGGGGUUUUCUUUGUGUUGUCCUUGCAACUUUUUUGUAAU